GUGCGAUCGGCCGAGUUGGGCGCCAGAGCUUAGCGCGGUCGGUUCGGUCGGUACUCGAGGUCAAGAGUUGUUCGAGGGAAAAAACCAGCAAAGUACACCUGAUUAUUAAGGAAUAAAGGACAAUGGCACUGUUUAGAUUGAGCGCUGCACGUUGCCUGGAGGUGCAAAAACUGAGCGCCCCAGUAAUUCUCCGUCAGUUGUCGUCCGAAUCAACUGACCUGAAGAAGAUCCUCACGGAAAAAAUACCGCAGGAGCAGGAGCGGAUCAAGGCCUUCAGGAAGAGCCAUGGCUCGACCAAAGUCGGCGAAGUCACCGUUGACAUGAUGUACGGUGGCAUGCGAGGGAUAAAGGGUCUCGUGUGGGAGCCCUCAGUCCUCGACGCCGACGAGGGUAUCAGAUUCCGUGGCAAAUCGAUUCCCGAGUGUCAGAAGCUCCUGCCAAAAGCACCAGGUGGUGCUGAGCCCCUGCCCGAGGGUCUCUUCUGGCUCUUGAUCACUGGUGACGUACCCACCGAUGCUCAGGUCAAAGCCAUCUCCAAGGAGUGGGCAGCCAGAAGCUCACUACCCGCUCACGUUACCAAAGCGCUCAACGAUUUCCCAAAGCAUCUCCAUCCAAUGUCCCAGUUCUCAGCUGCCAUCACAAUUCUCAACAGUGAGAGUGAAUUCGUUAAGGCUUACAGCAGUGGUACCCACAAGAGCAAGUACUGGGAGUCCAUUUACGAGGAUUCCAUGAAUCUUAUUGCCAAACUGCCAGUCAUCGCUGCCACUAUCUACCGUAAUACUUAUAAGAAUGGAAAGGGGCUGGGGUCGGUUGACAGUGGAAAGGACUGGUCGUGGAAUUUCGCUAAUAUGCUGGGAUAUGACAAUCCUGAGUUCAUUGAACUCAUGAGACUGUACCUGACCAUUCACUCUGAUCACGAGGGAGGCAAUGUUUCGGCUCACACUGUUCACUUGGUUGGAUCUGCUCUUUCGGAUCCCUAUCUGUCCUUCGCUGCUGGUAUGAAUGGCCUUGCUGGACCCCUUCAUGGUCUGGCCAAUCAGGAGGUACUCGUUUGGCUGGAGAAACUCAGGUCGCAGGUGGGAGAUGCACCCAGUGACGAGAAGCUCAAGGAGUUCAUCUGGAAUACUCUCAAGAGUGGACAGGUUGUUCCUGGGUAUGGGCAUGCCGUUCUCAGGAAAACCGACCCUAGGUACACCUGCCAGAGGGAGUUCGCUAUGAAGCAUUUGCCUAAUGAUCCACUAUUCAAGCUGGUGUCCCAAGUCUACAAAAUCGUUCCUCCAAUUCUCCUUGAAACCGGUAAAGUAAAGAACCCAUGGCCCAACGUAGACGCCCACUCUGGUGUUCUCCUCCAGUACUACGGAAUGAAGGAGAUGAACUACUACACUGUCCUCUUCGGAGUCUCCCGAGCACUGGGUGUCCUCGCAUCACUCGUGUGGGACCGUGCUCUUGGUCUACCAAUUGAACGCCCCAAAUCCCUCAGCACUGAUCUCCUCAUGAAGGCCGCCAAGGCAGCCUAAAUGAUUAAUCAUCAUGUUUACUUAAUUAUUACGUUCGUAUCAAACAUCCAACAUCAGCAGUGCGAAUCGAUCAAUGAAUUGUCGAGUAGAAUUCUAAUUUAUUUCUCGUAAGUUGUCAUUUUCCCUUUCUUCAGCGUUCAUUUCAGCACCUCACUGUCAGUUUUCGGUGGAUAUCUCUUUUGCUACGUAUUUAGCUCCAGAUAUAUUCCACGAUUACUGAGAUUUAUCUCCUUGUGACUAUUACUAAAAUUUAUGAGCGAAAAAAAAACCCAUCGAAACGACAAUUCAUCCUGCAAUGUCAUCCGCAUUUAAUUGACGAGAUUCGCAUUUUCAUGUUGUUUCAACUCAUUAAAAUCGUGAUGACGGUUCUAGGAAGAUCUAGAAGCAACGAAAGAAUAAACAAAUUGAGAAUAAAAACGACAGACGCAGCUUGAGCGAUGCUGUGAAGAUAAUACUUGUAGGAAACAAUAGAACUGUAAUCUAGCUACUGAAUUUAACCAUUAUUGCCUAGACAUUUUGGAAUUCCGUGGUUGAAUUUCCAGAAUUAUUUAAACAAAAAGAAGUGAAGAAAUAGACAAAUAAAACGAUUUAGAAGAAGUCAUUGAACGGAAUAAGAGUAGGAAAAUUAUAAUGGGACAGCAGUGCUGAAUGAAAAAUUUGGUACUGCUACUAGUCUGGAGCGUUUUACCGAGUUUCAUCCAGUUGACGAAAUAUUUACGAGUCCCUCAACAGCUCAGCCCGUAGUAUUCGUAAUUCAUAACGUAAACCAAUGGCUAAAGCACGAGUUGAUGUUUUUUUUUCGUUAAUUUCCACGCCCUCACCAUUGUCAUCGUAGCGAUUCCGCAAUUCUGUGAGGCUUCAAAGCCGUUAUGCGUAAAUUUUGUUUUCUUUCUGUGUGUACAUUGAGACGAUAAUGCAUGACCGAUGGUUUAUCUAUCGUUAUGAUGAAUGAAUGAGUGUGUGACAUGUAAUUUAUAUAAACAAUUUUAAGGAAGUCGUAAUAAAGAAAAAGUCCCAUGAA